AUGGGUGGAUUUUGGGACGCAUUUGCAGUAUACGACAAGAAAAAACAUGGUGAUCCAAGUUUGUACGGCGGGAAUCAUAUGAACAUCGGGGAGAGUAAGACACAAGUUAUGUUCUCACAAGAAUAUCGGGCACCCAAGACGGAGCAGCCUAUGCCGGAGAACAUGCAGAAUAUGAGACGGUCUUCUAUGUCUUCGGUGGACAGCUCCGAUGUGGAGGCCGUCAAGGAGGGCAGAUUACCCGCAGACAUAGAAAUACCAAAAAAUGUUGACAUAUCUAACAUGUCUCAAGGCGAGUUUCUGAGGCUUUAUAAGAGUUUAAGGAAGGGCGAACCUGACAACAAGGUCAACAGGUAA